AUGGGCCGUGAGCAUGGUGACUGUGUCCCAUCUCCCACUAUCCAGAGUUUCACACACGGGGUCCUCUAUCCCGCGCUCUGCGUGAUUGGCAUUGUCCUUCUUGCGCGACGAAUCAGACACCACCGACAGCGGAAGUACCAGCUCCCCGAGAAGAGGCGACAGGACUCACUACGAUCCUCAUCUCCUCCAGAAAAGUCCGGUGGCGACAUGUCUGCAAGUCAGGGAGCAGCGGCGCCCUGCAUCAAGGACCCUUCCCACGACGUGAUGACGACGACGGCGGCGACAUCAUCCUUCCCGUCUGCCUGUGAUAUCCUCCAACCGCUGUCUCAGUUGACCCCACUGCCCUCCAGUGGCCAUCUCGCGGCCAUCCUAGGCCGCGCAAAACAGCCCACGCAUCCUGCGAACGAGAAGCCAGCAGGUAGCCCCGGCGGCGAUCCUGUAGCCAGCGCGGGUCCGAGUGACCACUCGAGACCGUCGACCUCAGAGACCCAAGCCAGUGACCUGUCUGGCGGCGGGAGUGAUCAAUCAAGCUACUCUGGGCCCAGGGAUUCGCUACCGCCGAUGGCGCCUACACCGACUGAGUGGCGGCCGGUGGGAAGCCUAGCAGGUUACUCCUCCCCCUCCCACGACGACCACUUCGAUGAAUCAGAGCUAUCGGGCGAGCCGGCAGGCCCGCGGCCACCGGUGCAGAAGAGUCGCCAAGUUGUUCAGCUACUCCAUGAUGCUGACGAAGAAGGCGUGCGGACAUGGAGACGGCUGAUGGUCGAGUAUAGCUGA